UUUUCAGCUGUCACCCAGUAGAUGUCCAUUCGUGAGAGCUCUCGUAACCAAAGAUAAUACUCCACACGCUGUCGAAUGUGACGCUUUCUUGCCGUUGCUGCUAAAGCCUUGAGCUGUGCGCGACUCUCGUCUUUUUCUCCCCCUUUAUAUUUCUCUCUGUCUCCCCCUCCCGCCUCUCCCUUUAUUUCUUCGCUCUAUUAUUUUCCACUCACUUUCUCGCAGUUUAAAAUGGCGGCGUUGAGCAGCGCUGAGUCCCCACCGCCUGUCUUCAACGGAGACGCCAUGGACCGUGACCCGGUACGUGAGAGCGGGUCGGCCGAAAUGGGGACGGCUUUGGAUGCCAUCGGCUCUGGGGGUAUCCCCGGGGGACCUCAGGACAUUCCGGAGGAGGUAUGGAAUAUUAAGCAAAUGAUUAAGUUGACACAAGAGCAUUUAGAAGCACUAUUAGAAAAAUUUGGAGGCGAACACAACCCCCCAUCAAUAUAUUUAGAAGCUUAUGAGGAAUACACAAGUAAACUGGAUGCACUUCAGCAAAGAGAACAGCAGCUUUUAGAGUCUAUGGGUAAUGGGACUGACAUAUCAAGUCCUUCACCUACACCAACUCUUCUUGAUGUAAAGCUGAGUGGGGGGUCUGGUUUUCCUGUGGUCCCCACAAGUCUUGCUGUCUUGCCAACUCCAAGUGAUGUCUCAAGGGGCAAUCCUAAAUCUCCCCAAAAACCCAUUGUACGAGUUUUUUUGCCGAACAAACAGAGAACAGUGGUUCCAGCUCGAAGUGGAAUGACAGUACGUGACUCACUGAAAAAAGCUUUAAUGAUGAGAGGACUUAUUCCAGAAUGUUGUGGUGUUUACAGAAAACAGGAUGAAGAGAAGAAGCCAAUUGGCUGGGAUACUGAUAUUUCUUGGUUAACAGGGGAGGAGCUGCAUGUGGAAGUAUUAGAAAAUGUUCCUUUAACAACACAUAAUUUUGUGAGGAAGACAUUCUUUACAUUGGCUUUCUGUGACUUUUGCCGGAAGCUUUUGUUUCAGGGAUUUCGGUGCCAGACAUGCGGUUACAAAUUUCAUCAGAGAUGCAGCACAGAGGUUCCACUAAUGUGUGUUAACUAUGACCAGCUUGACUUGCUGUUGGUAUCAAAAUUUUUUGAACUACACCCUAUCACACAAGAUGUAGCUUCUUCAGAAGGCACAACACCAGUAUCUGGAAUCUGUCCGUCUCUUCCACCCUCAGACUCUAGUGGAUCUCUCUGCCUCCCUACUACUUCUCCUUCCAAGUCCAUCCCGAUUCCACAGUCAUUUCGCCCUGGAGAUGAAGACCACAGGAACCAAUUUGGGCAGAGAGACCGUUCUUCCUCCGCUCCUAAUGUCCACAUCAACACAAUUGAACCAGUGAACAUUGAUGAUUUAAUUAGAGAUCAGCCAUUACAGAGGUCAGAAGGAGGAUCAUCAACUGGUCUGUCAGCUACACCUCCAGCAUCCCUACCAGGAUCUUUAACAAAUGUGAAAGCACUACAAAAAUCUCCUGCUCAGCAGAGGGAGCGCAAGUCAUCUUCCUCAUCUGAAGAUCGCAAUAAAAUGAAAACACUUGGUAGAAGAGAUUCAAGUGAUGACUGGGAAAUUCCAGAUGGACAAAUCAAUAUGGGUCAGAGGAUUGGUUCUGGUUCCUUUGGAACUGUUUACAAAGGAAAAUGGCACGGAGAUGUUGCAGUAAAGAUGCUGAAUGUUACGGCACCAACACCUCAGCAGCUGCAAGCUUUUAAGAAUGAAGUUGGAGUGCUCAGGAAAACUCGGCAUGUCAACAUUCUUCUAUUUAUGGGUUAUACAACAAAGCCACAGCUAGCCAUUGUUACUCAGUGGUGUGAAGGAUCAAGUCUUUACCACCACCUGCACAUCAUUGAAACAAAGUUUGAGAUGAUCAAACUAAUUGAUAUUGCACGACAAACUGCACAAGGAAUGGACUAUUUGCACGCUAAAUCUAUCAUCCACAGAGAUCUUAAAAGCAACAAUAUUUUCUUGCAUGAAGACCUUACAGUAAAGAUAGGUGAUUUUGGAUUGGCAACUGUGAAGUCUAGAUGGAGUGGAUCACACCAGUUUGAGCAGUUAUCAGGAUCUAUUCUUUGGAUGGCCCCAGAAGUAAUACGCAUGCAGGAUAAGAAUCCUUACAGCUUCCAGUCUGAUGUCUACGCCUUUGGAAUUGUGCUUUAUGAACUCAUGACAGGACAACUACCUUAUUCCAAUAUCAACAAUAGAGACCAGAUUAUUUUUAUGGUGGGACGAGGAUACCUCUCACCAGAUCUCAGUAAAGUACGAAGCAACUGUCCCAAAGCAAUGAAGAGAUUAAUGGCAGACUGCUUAAAAAAGAAACGCGAAGAAAGACCAUUGUUUCCUCAGAUUUUAGCUUCUAUAGAGCUUUUGGCUAGAUCAUUACCGAAAAUCCACCGCAGCGCCUCAGAGCCAUCUCUAAACCGAGCUGGAUUUCAAACAGAGGACUUCAGCUUAUAUGCCUGUGCCUCUCCUAAAACACCAAUUCAAGCUGGUGGAUAUGGGGAGUUCACUGCCUUCAAGUAGCAAAGAUGGUUCUGCCAUUACAUCCUUUGUCACUUUCUCUAAAGUCUUGUGUUCCUACAGUGGGUUCAUCCAUUUACAAUUAAAAAUUUCAAAGUGUUCUGUUCUCUUCCUUUCAACUUGAAGAUGAACCCUGCUGGAACAGCAAAAAAUAAAAUUAAAUAAAAAAGAGGUGAAAUCUCAACCAUAACCAGGAAAGGAAAAGGCAAAAGGAAAAAAGCAGAAUUCUGCUGAAAGCCUGAGCUGCAUCCUGUCAGUUUCCCUUCAGAAAACUGAACUACUAGAAUGGAAGGAAGACAGAAGGAACGACAGAGACCACAACUGUUGCAGAGGAGCGGCUUCACCUUCAUUUCCUAUUAGGGUUUGGGGUGGGAUGAGAGUGUAUAGCAUCUGCACUUUGAAUUUUGGCACUGAGGAUUUGUUGGAAAUAAUGUUGCUUGGUGAAAAUAGUGAUGGCAACUGAUCAGAUAUAACCAGCUAUAUCUAGUUCUGCACCUGCUUCUUCAAGUUAUUCACCAGGUAGAGCUUGAUUUGAAGACUUGAAAACAUUUUGGUGGAAAGAAGGGGUGUAAUUUUGUGUAAGGUUGGGUAGUUAUUUUUGCUGGUAAUUAGCAAUUGUUUCUGAAGUUGACUAGCUUUGGAACAUAAUUUACUAGUUGCCAGUCUUUAAAUGAUUAAAAAAUAUGAAUAAAUAUAUCCCUUUAGAUAUUAUUUUAGAGGUUCUCCACAUGGACUGAGCAUGUUUUCUCAGGGUCUACAGAAUGCCAAGGAAGACAAUUCAGUUUUGAAUUGAAUCUAGACCGUUAUUUUUCCUAAAGCCUUAUGCAUGUUAAAGCCCCAAUCCAUUGCUCAAGGCAGUUUUUUUUUUUCUUUUUCAUUUUCUUAAAUGAACUCUGCAUAUGCACCAACAUGCCAUUAACUACAUAUACAGUAUAAACAAAAGACUGUAAGAAAAUGUUCAAAGUUCUUUUAUUAAGAGAACAGAGUACUAACAUUCCAAAAGCAGUUAAUAGUCUUACAGUUAUUUAUUAGUUGCUUCUUCUGCUUUUGUUUCUUAUCUGUGUGGACAGGCAGGCCUGUAAUCAUCCAGAUAUUUUUUGACCUCUUACUAUAGGUGUAAGUUUAAAAUCAAUUUGAAAAAAAAUCACUUCUUUUUGUAAUUAACAGAAGUAGUUUAAAGCAAUUUCAUGUGGUGCAGCAGCGACAAAAAUAUUUAUUAUCUUUGUUAUUAUUGAAUUUCUUAAAAUUAUCUGAUGAGCCAUUCCUUUUAGACAUUGCACUGUGUGCAUUUUCAUUGGCAGAAGAAUGUCUUCAGGCAAUUAAAAUAUUUUGUGUUUCACUUAUAAGCUUACUUUUAUUUUUAAACCUACUAUAAACAGUGCAUACCUUAUGUUUAUAUUUAAUGAAUGCUGAUGUAAGCCCUGAGAAACAUGCAAAACUAUAGUAGAGUACAUUAUCUCAUAAAUACUCUUUGAUAAAUCUAAAACAAGCAAAAAAACAAAUCAGUCAAAAUUCUAAGGGAUGAAUGACAACAUUUUUAAGACAAAAUACAACUUUUUUUAUUUAUUUAUUUAUUUUUAUGUAUAACAUUUUGCAUUCCAGGCCUCUUUCCUUAUGCAGAAUCAGAUACUUUUAUUUUAAAGGAGUGGUAUUGUUAAAAUAGAAGAUUCUGUAACCUCUUCUGGGAAUGCCAUUUAAUUUCCUACUUGUUUAUGUAUGUGUGUUUGAGAAUGAAUGAGUAUGUUUAAGUUUUAUUAAAUAUUCUACUUAAAGUACCUGGUUAUUCAGAUAUGAUAUUUAAAAUUUUGGAACCUUACAAAGGUGCAUCUGAAAUUUUCAGAUAGAAGGAAAUAAAUGAUAUGGUGGAAAAAGCUUGAUCCCUUUUUAAUCGAUAGUAUAAUAUACUCUAUAAAGAAUGCAUCCUCUGAUAUAUAUGUUCAGCAUUACUCAGCCCGUUACAUUAUAUUAAUAAAUAUUUACAAUUUAAUCAAGUAAAAAGUAAGGCUUUAAAAUGUCAAGGACAUUUGUUAAUUUGCUAUAAAGAGAAUUCUGUCACUAAUAAGGAAUAUACUUUGUCAACAUUUGACAGCAAUUGGGUUUUGGAUGACUUUUAUAUAUUAAAAAAAACAUUUUUUAUUAUUAUCCAUGUGAUGGUUUUUAGGAGAAAGCAAAAAAUAAGCAUUAAUCAUAAAUUUAUUUUCCUCAAAGUUUAUUUCCUAAAAAUGAACACAGAUAAAAGCCUCACAUUAACUGUUUUGUCUGGUGAUUAUGUAUUCAUUAAAUCAUUUUGUCACAUUUUCAACUGACAAGCAGCUGGCUUUAAUACCUUCCUGAUUUCUGAAGCGUGCACUGUAUUGCAAAUAAAGUUUGUUCUGAUGAAAAAGCACAUUACUUUUAAAUUUCAGCAGUUCAGCCUGUUAGUAAAUUUUCAUCAUGAUUUUUCAUUCCAACAGUAUAUAGGAUGUGCAUUGAAAAUUGUGUGAAAAUUCUCCAUUCACACCACAUCUGCCUCACAUUUACGGAAGAUACCUUUUUAUUGUAUAUAUGUGUAUGUGUGUGUGUAUAUAUAUAUAUAUAUAUAUAUAUAUAUAUAUAUAUAUAUAUAUACAGUAUAUAAAAUUAACACAAGAUUUCAGAUUGUGCUGCAUGGUGACAUAUGUAGAUGAAAAAAGCAAGUUAUGAAUGUAAAGGUGUUUCUGGAAUUACAGAUACAAAAAGUCCCAAAAAUCGUAAAUGCCAAUACAUAAACAGGAUGGAAACUUAAUGCCUUUAAUGCUUAAGGUGCUAAAUGAACUGCUUAGUAAAGCAGAGGUGUGUUGAUUCCUUGUAGUAUCUUGAAAGAAAUUAUUUUGUUACAGCAUUUACCACAUACAACCAAAUUCAUGCAAAUAGAAUACAUUUUGGAGCAUUAACCUGCUGUAUGCAAUGAAAAAUAAAAUAAAAAUCAUGCUCACAUUCUGAUAGCUUAUAAUAAAGAGAAUAUUUAUUCAGUUAUCAUAGUAUAAUAUAAUUAAAAUGCAGAUCAUGUUUUUCUGAUACCAGUAAACUAAUGUUCAAUGUGCUUUUUUCAUUCAUUAUGAAAAUAUUGUCACUUUCAUAAUGAUUCCUGCCUAACUUAUUACCACUUUCACAUCCAUAUUAGACUAUGCAAGCAACAAUCUCAAAUGUUUGUCUUUAAACACCUUUUUUAUGAAUGCCAUCCUUUUUCUUAUCUUUUUUCCUAACUCUUAUUUUACCAUUACAGUUUUUUCAUUUUAUGUG